AUGUUGGGUGAUAGGACUUGGAACGUCCGGGAUACCUUGAGUACUUCGCAGCGCUUCGUAGACCAUCGAGUGCAUUCUACCGUCAUCACGAAUAUGACGUGGACGGUGAUUAACUCUUCGUUACGGCUGGCACCGCGGAAAUAUAUCAACGGCGUGGCGAAUUUUUCUUGGUGGUGGAGUAUCCACUAUGACUUCACGGCCCUGAGCAGUGGUCUCCCACUGGCCAUGAGGGAUACUUAA